UCUCCCCUCAGAACCAGGAAGUGCUGUGUCCGAGGCUCACGGGCUGAGAAUCAAAACACAUUCGACUGUCGCCGGUUGAGGAGCCGAACACUUCGUGUCCCUGUGGUCAGCUGACGUCUCCACACUCGUCUCGACAUGGAGGAUACGCUCUUCCAGCUAAAGUUCACGUCCAAGCAGCUGGAGCGACUGGCCAAAAAGGCGGAGAAGGAGUCGGAGAAGGAGCAGGCCAAGGUCAAGAAGGCUUUGCAGCAGAAGAAUGUGGAUUGUGCCCGAGUGUACGCGGAGAAUGCCAUCCGGAAAAAGAACGAGGGUCUGAACUGGCUGCGCAUGGCGUCACGCGUGGACGCCGUGUCGUCCAAGGUCCAGACGGCCGUCACCAUGAAGACAGUGACCAAGAACAUGGGCCAGGUGACCAAGGCGCUGGACAAAGCUCUGAACUCCAUGGACCUGCAGAAGGUUUCCGCCAUCAUGGACAAGUUUGAAACUCAAGUACAGAACCUGGACGUCCACACGUCGGUGAUGGAGGACUCCAUGGGCUCGGCCAUGACGCUGACCACGCCCCAGGAGCAGGUGGACGACCUCAUCCACCAGAUCGCCGAGCAGAGCGGCCUGGAGGUGAUGGACCAGAUCAACCAGCUGCCGGCCGGCGCCACGUCCUCCGUGGGCGCAGAGAGUUCACAGAGUCAGGACCGAGAGGACCAGCUGUCCCGACGACUCGCUGCUCUUCGGAACUGAACGCUGCUGCGGGAACGCUGAUGACAUCACUGCUCCGAGGAAGCAGACGACAGGAGCUUUUGUGUGUGUGUGUGUGUUUCUAUCGAACUGCUUCUUCCAGGAGAACUUAAUGAGGCUAUUGAUCGCCACCACUCCCCUGCUCUAUAAAUACACACACAAACACACACUUAAACACACGCACACACAUAAACACACACACACACACACACACACACACACACACACACACACACACACUCACACAGAACCUGAGGAGGCAUCUGGUUCACCAUCCCGUUUCCAUCCGUCUCUACUCUCGUUUCUUUUAAUUCCCACUGGAUCUCGCCCCCCUCCUCUUCCUCUUCCUCCUUCACACACUUUGUACAAACCGUUUUUACAAACUGUAACAAUGUACAGUGGUGAAAAUAAAGGGUUUUAAUAAGCGCUUAUAGAAGAUUAUAACGAAGCAGUGACAGCUUCGUUAUAACACCAAUUACGUUUGAGUUGUUUUUGAAAAGGAAUCGCUACGGUUUUGCGCGGCGUUCACGCGACACAGCUGGUCCUGACGACCCAGACGCCUCAACGUUCUCUUCCUGAUUGGUGCUCAUCUGUCACAACUCAACGACUCACUAACACUUCCUGUCAGGAGCAACCGACUGCAGAGACGACAGUCUGAUGUUUUUUUGUUUUCGCGUGUGUUUGUGUCUGAGACGGAGCUAAAACUCGUCUGGGCGGAGAUGAAAGGUUUUUUUUUAAUUAAAACGUAUCGUGUAGACGCAGCGAGAUGCACACGUUUAUUUAUUUUUUCAAAAAGUUUUUGGGGAACUGUUGAGAGGAGGGAGACACAUGAAUAAAUAAAUAUCUGUUUUAACACUAAGACCAUUUCUCCUUCCCCUCGCCAGAUUCCUCCUCUGUCGACCGCUGCUUCCUGUUUCAUCAGUGUGACUCCUCCCACUUUGUGUUUCUCAGUGUCAAAAUGUUUGUCAUGCUUCUGUUGCUCUUCAUAUUUUGUUUUUGCUUUGAACGCCUUAUUACACGGGAUGCAGGUGCCCCCCCCCUCUUAGUGCCUGACGGACAGAAGUUUAGAGACAAAACGUCUUUAACUCUGUGGAAGGAAGUUGCCUGAUCUCUUUCGCUCUCUUUUUUGUUUUCGCUGUUUGAUUAAAGGUGUCGAAACUUUCUCCCCCCUCUGCAACAUCUGAACCGUAUCCAGAUAUUUUUAGAAGCAUCACUGUCUGGAAAUAACCCUCCGACCCCCCCCCCCCCUCACCUGUCUCAGUUUCAUGCUGGACUCUUUCAGGAGGACGAGUCGUCCAAUCGGAGCAGAGAUGCACGACCUUGACCUUCUGCUCUGAUCAUUUGCUUUAAUUUGCCUUGUAAAUUCACACAUUUGCCUCAGAGGCUCAUUCGUAACGUUUCAGGUGAAAUACAUGAGGAGAAUCAAAUGUACGACUGCGUCAGAUUGUGUUCGAGUGUCGACGUCGACACUGAGCAGCUUCGACCUCUUUUCUUUUCUGUCCAUUUAAACAUAGAGAAGGUUUUUAUUUAUACUCCAAGUUCAGCGGCAGGUUUGUUUUGUAUAUAUCUAUAUAUAUAAAUCUUGUGAAAAUAAAAUCUUGCCCUCUGA